ACGGAGCAGAGAUCUCGGGAGAUUUCGCCCAAGAUGUCUUAGCGUCCGAGUCUAUUGUACAGCCUUGCUUUGGCCGUCCGGCUGCUAGAGACUUGAAACACAAUAGGCCUGAUGUACCCCUAAGCACGGGCGUGGGGAGGCAGGACAAUGUCGACGAACCUCCGAAUCGCUAUGUAUACGUUCUCUCCCAAGUGCAGUGUCAUUGACGUAUCCUGUCAUCGUAAACUGAACGAUCGCUAUGGCUAACGAUCUACCAGCGACCACGGCAGCUCUUGAUGGCAUACAAGUCGAGGCACAGAUGCAAUCACUGGACAUUAGACGCAGCACCUUGGCGCCCUUGUGUUUUCUUCUCUAUGAUAUCCUGCUUACAACUGAUCUCGAGAUCAUUCAUAUUUGGAGAACGCCCUGGGCAUCAUCCAAGCCAUUCUACUUCAUCGCUCGCUAUUACUCCCUCAUCGCGCUCAUUGUGAGGAAUCUGUACUCGAUGACAUGCAGAGAAUGGAUCGUCUACGAGAGCGUAUCGAGUCUGGUUCUUGAGCUGAGUGUCCAACUCUUGCUCAUACUCAGACUAUUCGCCAUGUAUCUCGGAAGUAAAGCCACGAUGCGUGUCAUGAUGAUCUCGUUCGCCAUUCAAGCGAUCAUUAUGGCCAUUUGUAUAGGCCUGAGCGUCCCGCGGUUAUUGGUGAGCCCCAACUGCGUGGAAGCGACAAUCCCCUUGGAGUUGGUCAUUUACUGCAUCGUCUCAAUCAUGUUUGAGUCGUUCCUCUUCUCGCUUACCCUCUCUCGGUAUCGCCGUGCCAAGCGAGAAGGUAUGGCAAAUCUUGAUCUUAUGAACGUUUUGGUCCGCGAUGGUAUGCUUGCAUUCGGAGUCAUCUUCGCUGCAAUGGUGACGAACACCGUGUUGUUCACGCUCGGUGCAAGGACGGUAUCCACGGCAGGUUUCCCGUGGCUUCUGGCUAUUCUUGGCUGUGCAGGCUCUCGCCUCGUGCUGAACGUGAGGGAGGUCAAUCGUCCACAUAAGACACCAUCGUCACUUGGUGACUUCGAAGUGACUUCUGACAUCUAUCGGGCCCUGGACCAAUGUGAUCCUGACGACGAUGAGGCUGACGACGAAGUGCUGGAGCUCAAGAAGAAGCUGAAUGCACCUCUUCCUUUGGAACAUCAGCACGCGGCAGAUCCGGAACGAAGACCACUCGCGGUUUGACAGGCAUCCACAUCCUACCUUACUAAUCCACUUGUACUACUAUAUCGAUUGUAUA